CUACUCCUAGCCCAAAAUAAUAAAGCCCAAAACACUCUCCUCCCUUCCCUUUUCAAUCUCACGUGAAAUAAAAUAAACCACCAAAAACCCCUGCUUCCCCUUGCUGCUACUGCUCACGCCGCCGGACCGCCGCAGCACGCGCCACCGGCCCCCCUCUGCACGCCACCGCGUACGCAGCCGCGACCACCAGGCCAGCCACAACCACCACUUGAAUCGUCGUCGCUGCCCUGCUCAGCCGACACCCUCUUCUCUCUCCUCCUUCGCGUGGAAAUCCUCCCUUUCCCUGCUUGUUUCUUGCGCAAGUCAGCCGCACCACCAGCCGACUGCCGCCACCGUCAACCUGCUCUCGCAUUGCCAUCGUGCCUCCGCGCCGCAGCACCACCUCCGGCCAGCCAGCCAGCCUUCUCUCCCUCACUUUUGGCGGAGAAUUCUGUGUAGACGACUUUUGUAAUCGUUAAAGUGGCCUAUCAAUUUAUUACACAAGGGUUUCUGUUUGAUUAAAGAUGGGAUGGAAGGCGGCUCAAAAACUUAUUAGGAAUUGGAAGAUUCUGAGAGGGGAUAAUGUGAUGAUAAUUAGGGGCAAAGAUAAAGGCGAAACCGGCACUGUUAAGCGUGUGGUUCGAUCUCAGAAUCGUGUUAUUGUUGAGGGAAAAAACCUUGUCAAAAAACAUAUUAAACAAGGGCAAGGCCACGAAGGUGGCAUUUUUACAGUUGAAGCGCCACUACACGUCUCAAAUGUGCAAGUUGUUGAUCCAGUUACUGGAAAGCCUUGCAAGGUAGGAAUUCGAUAUCUAGAGGAUGGCGGAAAGGUCAGAGUUGCGAGAGGUAUAGGAGCAUCAGGGGCCAUUAUCCCUCGCCCUGAAAUUUUGAAGAUAAGGACCACACCAAGGCCUGCUGCUCCUGGUCCUAAGGAUACCCUGAUGGAAUUUGUGCUGGAAAAGACAUACAAUUCUAAGACCGGAGAGGGGAUGCCGAACCUUUAAGGGGGCCAAAUAUCUUUUAGAUCAGCCAGGUGUAUCUGAUGGCUAAGGGAUUGGCUCCAUGGCAUUAUUUUCAUAAUGUUAAUGCAGUAGUUUCUCUAGAAUGUUUUGGGUUAAUAAUUCUAAGGUAUCUUGCUUACACUAAAAAAUUCAUGCGAGUGAUUUUUUCGUUGGAAGAAUGAUCUCGUGUGUGUUUUGCUUAGUUCUUUUACAGCUAUUAAAUCCUCGUACCUCUUCCUUACCCUCUAUAUUGGUUCUCACAAAAAUGAUGUAUCAGCUGUAAGAAAUGUUGUCAAAGCAUGGAAAAUUUGGGUGGCGUGACGCUUUGGCCGGGCUUGUGCUGACUGCUGGGUCUUGCUUUUAUCACGCCAUGUUGUAUUGGAUUUCAGUAUGGUCAAUGCAAAAUGAAAAUCUGAUCCGUAUACUUUAA